CCAUGUUUUAAUUAACUAAACUUCCAGACAGAAUGAUUCUAACCUUGUUGAAGUUACUGUUCUACAAACUCUACCUAAACCUGAUCGGAGCAGUCCUGGUUGUUAAAGAGCAGAUUCUAGAUCGACAUAGAGUUCCAGUAAUCCCUGAGGAUCAGUAUGGAAGAACGAUCGUGAUCACCGGAGGAUCCCGGGGUAUAGGGUUAGAAGCUGUUAAGAAGUACUUGAACAUGCAGUGCAGUAUUAUUAUUGGAUGCAGAAAUGUGGAGCAAGCUAGAAAUGCACUGAGCUCCUACAAUAGUUCGAUGGUUCGGAUCCUACCUCUGGAUCUUAUGAAACUCAGCUCCGUCCGAAAGUUUGCCAAAACCAUCUUGGAUUAUGAUAUUCCAAUUCACGCACUUACAAAUAAUGCUGGGAUUAUGUUUGGUCCCCGAAAUGAGUCGGAAGAUGGGUUUGAAUCUCAGCUAGCAACUAACUAUCUAGGACACUUCCUCCUAAGUCAUCUACUCCUACCAAGCCUGGAGCAGGGUGGAACAGCUGAGAAACCUGCAAGGAUUGUAAACGUCUCCUCCUGUGCUCACUUUUGCGGAUCCUGGAUGGAUUUCGAGGAUUUGAAUAUGAAAAAAUUCUACUCACCGGAGAAAAGUUACGGUAACUCAAAAGUAGCGCAGAUUUUGUUCUCUCAGUACCUGGAUUCCAAGCUGUCAGCUCGGGGCAGCAAGGUUCGAGUUAUCUCUCUUCAUCCCGGAGUAGUUUAUACAGAUCUCUAUUCUCAUGUUGGUUGGGUUCAGAUAUUUACAAUUGUUGCUCGUUGUCUGAUGAAAACUGUAUCUCAAGGUGGAGAUACUCUAGUCUACGCCGCUCUCGCUACAGAGCUUGAUAGUGCCAAGACGGUUGGAUUAUACCUAGAGAACUCCAGGCUAACAAGCACUAGUUCAUUCGCAUCAUCUCUGGAAAAUCAAACCAAGCUCUGGGAGAAAACUUGCGACAUGCUGAAAAUCUCAGAUUUUUUUGAGACCACCAUUUGAUUAAUAACUUCCAAUGCAUGAAAAAAGUUACCUUCAUUUUGAUUUAGCAACUGCUCUCUAGAUAAUUUUUUACUUGUUACGAAACAUUCCCAAUAUUAUUGGACGAAUUGUACGAUAUUGCUGGACAACAUUAGUAUUAAAGUUGUGAUUUUGUUAAACAUAGUUCCAACUUAACUUUCAUAUAUUUUUAUUUUUAUAUUAUUUCCAUCCGAAUUAUUGUUAACAUUUAAAUAUUUAUUUACAUUUA